ACAUCUCAGUACUCGUCCGCGGCUCAGAUCACCGUCUUCAUUUGGGGAAUAAUUAAAAUUAGGGCUUCAAAAGUUUCAGCUUCAGAAAGGAAAAAUACCGAAAGCCAUGAGAUUUGCGCGGUGGUGGGUUCCCGCACUUCUUGUUUCUGCCUUCUUAUGCAACGUCGUACUCUCCGAUCAGACCAUUUCAGCUCAUACAGGUAGUAACUUUGGCCGGAGCUCUCGGGAUCCAAAAUUCAAAAUUGAAUUUCAUACAGAGGAUUCACCUUUCGCUCCAGAUGAGGACCAAGAGUCCAUUAUCAUGCCCAACAAGCAUGGAGAAAAGUUCCUUUGCUUUUUGCCUAAAGUUGAGAAAUCCAAGAGUGGUAAGCCAGUUGCUCAACAGAACUUAAGUAGCAUGAUCAUGGAAUCUGAGACGCAUAUGAAACUGAAGACACCAGAUGAGCUUCUUGAAGUUCUGAAAGAUCGGUGCUUUAUUAGGCAAGAGGGAUGGUGGUCAUACGAGUUCUGCUAUCAACGUCGAUUGCGACAAAUUCAUUUGGAGGAUGAAAAGGUGGUUCAAGAAUUUUUCUUGGGAGUAUAUGAUGCUGAAGCUACAGAGGCUCACAAUCAAAAUCUUUCUGAUGUAUCCAUAUUGAAGGAUCCCCGGUCUAAAGAUGCAUCUCAAAGAUAUCAUGCGCAUAUCUUUAAUAAUGGAACACUAUGUGAUUUAACAAAACAGCCAAGGGAAACGGAGGUCAGAUUUGUAUGUUCUGAACCCAGAGCAAUGAUAAAUUCGAUUACAGAGCUGUCAACAUGCAAGUAUGCCCUCACAUUUCAAUGCCCAACACUUUGCAAGCACCCAUUAUUCAACGAAGAAAGACCAGUGUCACACACCAUUCACUGCAACGCUCUACAAAAGGAGGAACGGAAGACGCAGACAGAGGAUGUAAGUUCCCGAGAUGGAAAGAUAACAAUGGUCACUGAUAUUGAGUAUUCCCCUACUUCCACGCCAGAAGAAUAUGCAACAUGAAUUGCUACUAUUGUCAUGCGAUGAGUUCUGUCAACAAAAUGGCUGGGAACUUCCGUUGCGGCAGUAAUGUUGGAGCUUUCUCGGCAUUGUUCAGUAUAAACUGUAUUACCAUAGCCCUUUAGUUUAAAAAACUAGUAUUGCUCUAUAGGUUUACGGUAUGCUUUCAGAGUAGAAACUUCUAGUUCGUACAAUGUAACUUCUUUGGAGGUGUUUGGUUGGCAAGAUAAAAUAAUACCAAGAUUGUAUCUUGGAUGAGCAAA